AUGACUAGGGCGGUUGUUUAUAACCUUUACUUCAGGAGCGGCAACGUUAACAGAUCUUUGACGAUCGCCGAAACCAGCCCUGUGGUUAUCGCGCCUAUGGAGUCGUUUAGUGCUUCAAAUCAUAAUGCUUAUGAUGUACAGGAGGAGGAAUUAGCAGAAGUUCUACGUGAGGGACUGAAAGAUUGCUUUAGAUCCGUUAAGGUUAAUGUUGUCCCUUGUCCGGAUCUUACAGCGUCCCCCUUUGGGCUUUUGCGUCCAGGUCUUGCCGGUAAAAGUGUUGUAUGCGACGUGGGCAGCAUGACCUACCUUCUUCCUGUUGCAAACACAUCUAAGAGAUACUCGUUUGGUCAAGUUAUUGAAUCGUCGGGAGUCUGUGGAGGUCAGCUGCUUGGCGCCGGUGGCGGCCCUUUUUUCACCCACGGCAAAAGUUGCGAGAUGGCUGCAAGUCUUCAAUUCGCGAAUGGCAAAAUUGCAUCUAAUUCCACUCUCCACGGUGUUUAUGAUGAGCAGACCGGAACCCCCCAGGUAAUCAACGCCACUGACAACAACUUUGGUCUCGUGGGUCAACUCCUCUCAUCCGAGGGUCUACCUGGAUCGGUGGUCGAAGUUGAUGUGGCGGGCAGACUGAAGGAGGGUUCUGUCUACGUAUUCUUGCGAGAGGUGCUCACAGCUGCCUACGGGAAGCUAGACAAGCCGGUUGCUCUUGGUGGAGUUUUUGUGCUCACCGACAGUAAAGCUCGUUUCCAUGUUCUUCCGAAUUUUCCCCCUUACCCCGUCGACACGCCGGCGAGGAGGGCAGAGUUCAUCAAGAUUUUUGAAAUGGAUCCCCCCGUCUUGGGUAUGGGAACUCUCGUAUCCCACGAUCCCUACGGAAUCGAUCUGAAAUUGGAGCACUUCCAUUGCUACAACGAGGCGAAAACUUUGGCUGGUCACUUUUAUUGGGAUACGGAUCCAGAAAAGGCACACUAUCGCUUAUACUUGACAGUGGCCAAGAGUUUGCUACGCAUUGACCCCAAGGAAAAGGCGUAA